GGAUCGUCUGCCGGCAGAGAAACACGCAGCAGUGACGGGAGGGCGCACAACAUCUCCUUGAGCUUGAGAAGGAUCUGGAUCACGAACUUGCGGUGCAGGAGCUUGCCGCGCUUAAAGCGGUCCAUCAGAGCCACAAUAAAAUCGGGUUUGGUCUUUGACACGUCCUCUGGAAGGCAUGGGCCAUCAUACGACGGAUCUACGACCAGCGAGUUGACGUCGAUGGUCUCCGAGAGCGGCAAGUUGCGCUCUGAUUGGAUGGCAGCCGCAAACGCCGCCUCUUUGAUGAUUUUCUCGCAGAGCUUGAGCUUGGUGCGUGCAUCACGGUCCUGAGGCUUCAUGCGCACCACGAGACGGAAAUCUUUGACUGCCUUCUUGUGGUGGCCAAGCGCAAGUUGCGCCGAGCCGCGGCGGUAGUACGCUGUGCGCAGUUACAACAGCGUUAGCUUCCGUAAUUACAGCCAAUCGCAUCGCAACAUCUCCAAACCUUUGAUGUAGCUGGGCUCUAGCUCAAUAGCGGCCGACGAGUCGUCGAUAGCCAAGCCAUAGCUCUCGCUCUUGACGUGUGCGGCUGCACGGUUGGCGUAAAAGAUCGCGGUGGGCACCAGCUCGAUAGCCUUCGUGUACAGCUCCACAGCCUGCGCGAACUUAAAGUUUGCUAGUGCCUCGUUGCCCUGCACCUUAAGCGCGUCAGCACGCGCGCGCGUCUCGUCGGACACGGCGUGGGGUGCGCCCUCCGUCACGCUGAUGGUGGCCAUCGCUUCCUUGGCUUGAGUGCUCUCAGAAAUGGCCCUAGGGACAAAAAUUCCUCUCAUUCGUCAUUUCUCCUAUCAUAUGUCAUGAUAUCAGACGUGGAUCGCGACUCAAAAUUUAUUGGAAAAUCCGGCGAUGGAGGCACCGCUACCCGUGACGGUGUCGGCCGUGGUGCCGUCUCCGGCUAAGCCCAAGCGCUCGCUGGACCUGCGCGACAUGAUGGACGAACUACCGAUGCUGGCGACGCUGAAGGACCAGAAGUGGAUGGCCAGACUGCCGCGUAAUAUGUUUCCCAAGCCCAAGAAGAGUCCACGCGACAGCGACAGCUCCGAUACAGACACAACGCUCCUCUCACCAGGGUUUUUGCCGACUCCACGGGUAUAUUACAAUCGCUACUUUUUUUUACUAUGUAGUAUGUUGAUUAGACUGAUAAUUAAUGUGUGUAGACGGCCAGAGCCAUGUCGGUGUUAGUGCCUCAGCCGAAUGAGGAGGUGUUAGAAGCACUGGAUGCGCGAUAUUUUACGGAGAGCUUCGACCCAGUCGCACACAUGCUAGUACGCUGUUAAUAUUUCUUGUUGAAUUGGUGUGAAUAGGACGCUAAAAAAAAAUGGAUGGAGUGAAUAGGAGAAUCUUCCCGAGAUCAAGGACGAGUUGAACGUGUUCAUGCGCACGGAGAUCAGCGCGGUGGACGUGGCCAAAGACGUUAUUUUGACCAAAUUGCAGGACGACGUACGCGCGAAUUACAAUGCGUUGAUUCAGGGCAUGAAGGUGGUACAGGACGUGGACCUUGACUUGGUUCGUGCGCAAAUCCACGUCAAGAACGGACGCCGCCUGCUUGCAACCGCUAAACACGACCUCAUUAUGAGGUACGAUGUUGCAGAGUAUUUUGCUGGUGUGGACAGUACCAGGAUACUAAAAUUCUGUGCGCAUUGAUUGAUGUGAAGUUCCCUGGAAAUUGUGAAAACGAAACGAAACCGGGAUCGUGUUAGCGAGAUUGUCAAUUUGGGCUCACAAAUUGUGCACUUCUUCGAAGAAGAAGAGAAGAUGAAUCGUGCUCUUCAAGCGCACCACUUCAUUACUGCUGUAAGUGCAUUUUAUACCUGAUCCUUAAGUAAGUGCUGCUCUGAAUUGACUUGGAUGGCAGGUGGACAUAUGCGUUGGAUUAAGGAAGGGACUGGCACGGGAAGAGAUGCAUGGGCUUAAUAUCUUAGAUGAAAUCCGACUUCGGAUGCAAGACUUCAUUCCAAAACUACGGGAACAGUUCGAUCAGUCUUUGCGAAAAGUUGCGGGACAGUUCGACCCUCUUGAGUACAAGGAGCUACUGCAGGCCUACAUUACACUUGCAGACCACUCUGAAAACCUCGGUUUCGAGUUCUCAUCAUACACGUUGAACGACGUGCUAUCCAAAAUCCCGGAGAUCAUCGUACGCUCGCUCGACGACAUGACCAGUGAAUUUAUGCGCCAGGUAUUUGAGGCCGUAUCGCCAAAGAAGCUCAAGCUAGCAAAGAAAAAUACCUUAGUAGAAGACAACAACGGAAACAAGAGCGGAGAACCAGUGGAUGCAGCACUAACGCCGGCUUCCCAAACAGUUGAGAACGUCAAGCGAGGCUAUGAACACCUCACCGACUUGAUGCACACGUAUUAUCUAUUGGUUCAAUGGCAUCGUGAUCCGUUCAACCCGCUCAACGACGACAUCGCGUACCUUCACCGUUGCGGAAUUGACGACGAUGACGACGACGAUGACGAUGACAGCGAAGAAGAAGAUGCUCAUGAUGAGAAGGGGUAUCACCAUUCUCACUCCUCAAGGCACGGACAUGGAAGUGGCAGGUUGAAGGGGCUAGAGUCUCCAUCGCAGCGCUCGAGAAAUGGCUCACUAGGACAUUCUGGGUCGCAAAAGUCUUUAUAUGAUCAAGUUCUUUGUGAUACGGGGAUGACCUUGCUGAGGUAUCGCAAAAUUGUGUGGGAAAAUAUUCAGCAUAACGUGGUGGAGAUGAUUGAGAAGCUGGACACGACUUAUGGUUACAAGAUGGAGCACAUUAUUGCGCUUUCACUUGCGACCACGACGUUUACUGAAAUUGGAGAGGAGUUUACAGGUGCUCCUUCGUCAAAGAUUCGAUCAGUUCUUCGGGUCAAGUGUGAGCAGUAUCUGCACGCCUUUCAUGACGAUAACAUCGAGUUGGCUCGAAUGCUUCUGGACACAGAAAACUGGCUUCGCGUCACUGCUUCGACCACUGACGGCGACGAUAAUGCGGGUCUACUUCGGCUCAUCGAGAAGCGAAGUGGAUACUACUUUGAGCGGAAAGUUCGUGGGGAUCUUGCAGUCAACCCUAUUUAUUCAAGACGCGUGUUUCCUUCUUUCCACAGCGAAGGAAAUCCGUUUAGCGCGGCGAAUUCGAUGGAGUGGCUGUCGAUGAAGCAAGGCAUCCGCUUCCACCAUGAAACGAUUGGCGUAAGUAAUGGGGACAAAAUGUCUCCACAACUUGAUGAUAAGCUAGAGCUCCCGGUCAUGGAUCCGAACGAGUCCGAAUUUGUGUUGACCUCUUCGAGCCUCGCAGGCUUUGUCCGACUCUGCGGUGUUUACCUGAAAAUGAUGGAACACCUCCCUCAUAUUGCCUGGGACGUUUUCCGCUCGCUGAUUAAUCUGUUCGAGUUUAACUUGUACGCCGUCUUCACCAACUUUAUCCCUGCAGACGACAUUACACAGUUAUUCCGGGGUAAAGGUGGAGGAUUAAUCAAAAAUGAUGCUACGCGGUGGAAUGGACUGCGCUCUGGGAUUUGUCGUAUUGCAGAUGAAAUCAAUGCUGGCGAAGUUCUGCUGCAGUCGUCUGCUCUCAUUUACCCUGUUGCGAGCUCUGAUAAAGGACGAUUGGACCAGCAGAACUCGCCGAUGUCGAGGAAAGUUACUCUGCGCAAGGUGACUAGAACUCCAACCGCCAUGGACGACGCUGAUGAAGGCAGUUUGUAUGCCUUGACCGAGCGAUCAAUUGCUUGCGAAGCGAUAGUCGGUCAGUCCAGACUGCUGAACGCAAUUGAAGACCUCGCCCGAUCCUAUCUUCCGGACCGAUAUCUCUGUCUCAUGGAUGAAGUAUACGAGCGAAAUCGCACGAUGGCACGAGAGCUCCGUAGCUUCAUGUACAGUACGAUUGCAACGAAGCUUGUGGACGUCCAUGGUCUUAUGGAUUCCGUUGCAGCAGUGCCGUGGGAUAUCCCAUACAUCAGUGAUCAGCACAACGAGUACAUCGUGCACUUGGUGCAGAAGUGUGGAGAAGCGUGGGGAGGAUUACAGAUUCUAGCUGACGGAUCUAUCCCGAUGGACGCCCGGGAAGAUAUUUGGGCGGAAAUGGUGCAAAUUAUCAUGGAUACACUGUUGCAGGCGUUCUCUACGGUGCCCAAACCUACUCCACAAGGCCGCGCUCUGAUGUUGCUUGACUUACAUGCACUCCAGAAUGGACUUGACCUGAUCAACCACAUUAGCUCUCGAACGGUACCUCGUGGACGGGAGUACGUUGGUAAUUACAUCAAAGCGUUCUACUACGACGAAAACGAGCUUCUCGAAUGGGUCCAAGCUAACAAGACGUUGUACUCGAAGGUUCAAUUCGCGAAUCUACUCAAGAACGGCAUUGGAUCGACACUUGAGAUCAAGAAACUGCGCGAGAUCGUGUUGAAAAUCGAUGCGAUGAUCAGUUGAUGCAAUGGACAUUAUUUCUUAUGAAUAUUUGUACAGUUAAAAAUUGAUGUGGCAGCUUCUAUCGCCACCGUUCGUGUAGAUGAAUCUCGUGGGACGCGGCUCAUUUUGAGUUGCUGCAC